CUCGCCCAUCCGUAAUCUGAAAAACUACUCAAAGAGCCCCAACGGCCGCCUUAUCCUCCUCGUCCCUUUCAAUCUUCUUAACCAUUUAUAGUUUUUUGACCCUACCAAAUUCUCUCCUAGUUGGGAUACAUUAUAUAUUAUACAUAAUCCAUAAUUUUCUUUAAAAUUCUCACUGGGUCAUAAUUCUGUGUCGCACACAAACAUACACGGAUACAAGCCUCCAUUCAUGGCUUUGAUCAUAUCUCCACCGUCUAAUCCCAAACCCCACCAGUUUUCUCCUCUGCGCCGCUCAUCCCACCGGCCGGAACAGGCCGUAUUGGUAAGUCCCCGGGCCGUGUCCAACACUUCUAAGGUCCUGAAUUUUGGUCACCAUAUUUCAAAGCCUAAAAAGCUUUUACUGAACACAAAAUUCGCCACCCAUUUGCGUAAUAAUGGCAAUAGAUCAACAGUAGCCGGCAUUGCUAGUGCAGCAUUGGUAGAAGAAGCAGAGCCAAGGCCAGAGCCAGGGGCAGCAAAUUACAGAAGAAUUUUGUUGUCGGACGUGGUCGUGACGCGGCAAAGUAGAGUGUUUUUUGGGAGAAAAUGGAACUCUAUGGAUAUUGGAACUGCUGGUGUUGUUUUGGGUUUGCAUUGCCUUUGUCUUUUUGCACCGUUUCAGGUCAGUUGGGGUGCCGUUUUGGUGGCCAUGGCUCUGUACGUUGUGACAGGUCUUUUUGGCAUUACUCUGUCGUAUCAUAGGAAUCUCUCACACCGCAGUUUCAAGCUUCCCAAAUGGCUGGAGUACUUGUUUGCCUACUGUGGGGCCCUCGCACUUCAGGGGAGCCCAAUUGACUGGGUGAGCACACAUAGGUACCACCACCAGUUUUGUGAUUCUGAGAGAGACCCACAUAGCCCAACAGAAGGAUUUUGGUAUAGUCAUAUGAGUUGGCUAUUUGAUACCAAUGCUGUGAUCGAAAGGUGUGGAGAAGCAAACAAUGUUGCUGAUUUGCAGAAGCAGCCCUUCUACAGGUUUCUUCAAAGGACUUAUGCUUUUCAUCCAAUUGCACUUGGUGUUCUGCUAUAUGCAUUGGGAGGAAUUCCCUUCCUUGUGUGGGGAAUGGGUGUGAGGAUUGUAUGGGUUUACCACAUAACUUGGCUGGUAAAUUCUGCUUGCCAUGUCUGGGGAAAGCAACCGUGGAAUACUGGUGAUCUGUCUAGAAACAAUUGGUGGGUGGCAUUGCUUGCAUUUGGAGAGGGGUGGCACAAUAAUCACCAUGCUUUUGAGUUCUCAGCUCGACAUGGCCUAGAGUGGUGGCAAUUUGACAUGACUUGGUAUGUAAUAAGAUUUCUCCAAGCUAUUGGAUUGACAACUGAUGUGAAGUUGCCAACUGAAGUUCAGAAGCAGAGGAUGCCGUUAAACAAUGGAAGCAUGGCCAUUUAAAACUGGGAUUUAUGCUAUGCUUGCUUCAUAUCUGCAAACAGUGAGAAAUUUGUUUUCACAAUUCUUAUAUUUUGUAGUAACAUGAUUAAUAUUUGCAUACCAAGGGGAACAGAAAAUUGUAAAAAUAAAAAAAAAACAGAGAGUAUACUAGAGCGGUGGGUGGAUUUUUUGAACUGGCAAGUCCAAUUGCUGGUCAC